AUGAAGCACACCAUAUUCUCCAUGGUCCUCGCGGCCUUGUUGGCCCUUGUCUCUCUUGCGGGAGUCACUACCGGUUUGACCAUUGGCCGUGACAUUUCACCCUCUUCCAAUACUCUCAGCAUAGUCGACGGCGUCACCAACCCCAUCGACACCCCCGUCAACGGUCUUCCCUCUUCUGGUUCUUCUCUAACCCGUCGCUCGUACCGAAAGUCCGCCCCUUACGCCGACCCACACAGCAUCGACCCCAGUAUCUUGGUUGUUGCCGAUGACCUCUGCAAAGACCACAAGACCUUCGAAGACGGUGACUACUAUUGCCAAAAAGUAGACCAAGUCAUCUACACCAACGUCGGCAGCAGCGGCGAGUACCAGGAAGUGGCCUACAUGAACCAGGAGACCGGUGAAUGUCGAUUUGCGGACGUCAAUCGCACAUUUGCUGGUGACCUUGCCCCAUUCAACGAGCCUGUGACCCUAAUCUUCCGUGGACCUAUCCACCUGAAGCAGCUCGCCGUCUACUACCCCUCUGCCUCCGGCGCUUCUCGUGACCACUACUACAACGCGGCCUCCCAAACCUCUCAAGGCCUCACCUUCCUCGGCAACCGAGGCGGCGAAGGUUCAGGCGUGGUAGGCGGUCCCUUUGGCGCCUCGCUCUCCUACGUCAACUCGCAUGCCACCGGCGGCGCCUCCUCCUCUCAAAUCCUCGCCAACGAAGUCAUCACCGACGAGUUCCUCGUCAUGACCGAUCAGGAUUGUGACGGCAGCUGCGGUUAUGUGCGUCCUGGCUCGGUUGCGAAGAAGGGCUUCCCCGGCACCGACCGUCUCUUCCUCCUUGAAUUCUCCAUGCCACACACAGCCGCCGACAUGCCCGCCAUCUGGAUUGAAAACGCCCGUGUGCCCUACACACCGCAAUACGGCGGAUGCUCCUGCUGGAACUCAGGCUGCGGCGAAUGGGACAUGUUCGAGAUCCUGCACGCCGGCAAGGAAAAGGCCGAAACCACUUUUCAUCUGGACCCUCCCGCCGGAGACGCAAACUGGAUGCAGAGACCUGUCGAUCAGAACGCUCCUAUCAAAGUAGCAGUGUGGUUUGAUCCGGCGGAUGGCGGCACGGCGAGCGUGAAGGUUCUGGGAAGGAGUGAUGGAGUCGAAUUUGGUGGGCAGUUGGAUGCGGGUGAGGUGAGAGACUUGAAGAAGAGGAGUGAUGGGGUGGUUAGCGAGACGAACUAUGCUGUUCGUCGUGGUCAGGCUUGA